GCAGAGCGGCUGCGCGAAGUCGCAGCAAGGCUGCGGGCAGCGGGGGGCACAGCACUGGCUACCAGUGCGUCAGCCAAGCGGCCAGCGGCCGAGCAGCUGAGCGGCAACAGCGCACAGCGGCCUAACGGCAGCGCGAGCGCACAGCUGGUGCACCCCCGGUCUAAGCCCGCCCUCCAGGCGGCGGCAGCGGCCGGCCGGUCUUCAGGCGCGGACGCCAUUGGCGCCAGGGCGCAGGUUGAAUUCGAGAAGCGCAAGCAAGCGCUGGGAGACGCAGGUGCGCAGCCUGUGGAGCUGCCGAACCCUUCCCCGCCCAUCAUGCGCGGCAGACUCAAGCAAAGGCUCAGCGCGUGGCGGGCUGUGGUCACCAGCACGCUGGUGAUAUCCUGGAUAGCGCUGGGCGUGCAGCUGGAGUGGUCCGCUGCGGCAGGGCCGCCGGCCCCCAAGGAGAAGCGCAACCACAAGUCUGCGCUGGAGCACGCGGGUUUCCUUACCACGGAGAUUGUCCGGCUCGAGCAAUCGCAAGUGAUAAUGCGCCGCGAGAAGCGGCCGGCUGUGGUCAGCCCGUUGGGCGUGGUGGAGCAGGAAGGCAAACUCCGCAUGAUCCUGGAUCUGCGGUAUGUUAACAAACACCUAGAACAUCAUAAAUUCAAGUAUGAAACGGUCGCCCAGCUGGGCGACGUCCUCCUGCCCGGAGAUUAUAUCUUCUGCCUCGACCUGAAAGGAGGAUACCACCAUGUGGAUAUGCACGAGGACGCCUGGGAAUACCUGGGUUUCGCCUGGGACAAUCAGUACUACGUGUUCACCCAGAUGCCUUUCGGCCUGGCGCCGGCCUGCUGGGUGUUCACCAAGCUCAUGCGCGAGCUGCUGAAGCACUGGCGGCGUCUAGGCCGCAGGAUUACAAAUUAUAUCGACGACUUCUGCGGAGGGGCCGCGGACAAGGACAGCAGCUUCGAGUUCCAGGAGGACUGCAAGCGUGACUGCGCUGACCUGAACCUGCUGCUGAGCGGCGGCGCAAAAGACCAGACGGCGGCCUCGCCGGCUGAGGCCGUGCAGCUGAGGAAAUACCUAGGCUUUCACGCGGACACCGCCAAAGGUUGCCUCAUGGCCACAGAGCGUAAACGCGAAAAGACGUUCGCCGCCCUCGAGCCCCUGCUGCAGCGGCAGCCCUGCAGGGCGACAGUGCGGGAACUGAUGGAGCUUGCGGGGCGCCUCCAGGACCAGCGGCCGGCAUUCGGGCCCCUGGUCUCCCUGAAAACGUUUCACAUGUACAAGUUAAUCGCCGAGGGCCAGGGCCCCGACCCCUACCGCCCCAAGCUAGACCGCUGGGUGCUGGUUACGCCCGAGGCGCGUGCGGAGAUGGCCUGGUGGGCGGACCACUUCGACCAGUACAACGGCUCGGCGCCGCUGUGGCGCGGGUCCAAGCCAGGGUUUGUGAUCCACUCAGACGCAGCCGGAACGUCGGACAGCGGCAGGGGCACCCUCGGCGGCUGGGGCGCGUGGAUGGUGGACCGCGACGGGAGUGUGCUGCGAGCCGCGGGCAAGUGGACGCCCCCGGAGAGCUUGGCCCCGCACGCGCAUUCUACUUGGCUGGAGGUGAACGCGGCCGGCCUGAGGGCCCUGCCGGCCUUCAAUCGCGACGGCCGCAUGGACGGGCGCACAGUGCUGCUGGUGGUGGACAACAGCGCGGCGCGCUACCUCAUCGAGAAGAUGGGGUCCACAAAGCCGGAGCUGCAAGAGCUUCUCGAGAAGAUAUUUUGGUAUUGCUUCGAGCGCGGCAUCACGCUCCGCGCUGAGUGGGUCCCACGGGAGGAGAACGAGCUGGCGGACGCGCUCAGCAAAAUAGUCGACAAGAACGACUGGAUGCUGCACGAAGAGGAGUUUGGGCGCUUGGCUCGCCGCUUCGGGCCCUUCGAGGUGGACUUGUUCGCAUCUCACACCACCAGGCAGCUGCCCAAGUACUUCUCCCUGUACCACACCCCAGACACUGCUGGCAUAGACGCGUUUGCCCAGCACUGGGGCCGAGGCUGCUGGUGCAACCCGCCUUUCACCCUGAUUGGCCGGGUGCUGAGGCACGCGCGCGAGUGCGGCGCCAGGAUGUGCCUGCUGGCGCCCGCUUGGCCGAGCGCGGCCUGGUGGCACCAGCUGGUGCUGCCGGGGGGGACGCACUUCCGCCCGUUCGUGCGGGAGUGCGUCGUACUGCCCAAGAGGCGCGAUCUCUUUGUGCCCGGCGCGGCGGGAGGCACCGCGCCGAGCGGCAGGGCGCACUGGACGGUGAUGGCCCUGCUGGUGGACUUCGGGCAGGAGGCGGCGGCCGGCUGGCACCGCUGGCGCGACGCAGGUGACGAGGAGCUGAGGCUGGCGCUGGGGGACGAGUACGACGUGACGCCCCCGCCGAUGCGCGGGUUAUUGCGGCGCCUGCUGCAGGACGCGGCGGCGCUGCGGGCCCGCGCGACAAUUCAAGCCGCAGUGCGCGAGACCCGCAAAAUGGCGCAAUUUUUCGGCCUGCAGCAGCACGAGGUGCUGGGGGUCAGCGACGCCCAGCUGGCGGCGUACCUGACGCAGCUCACUGAGGACUCGCGCGCCGCUGGCAUUGGGCCGUCGCGCGUGGAGGGCGCGCGGGCGGCCGUGGCGUGCAUGCGCACGCUGCGGGGCCUGCCCGCGGUGGACGCGGGAAGGCGCCCCCUGACGGCGCUGGCCGCGGGUGUGGCGGCGCGCACGCUGCAGCCGACGCGGCUGCACCGCGAGCCGUGGGCGCUGGACGACGUUAAGGCGCUGGUGGCCGCGGCGCGGGGGGGCGAUCUGGCGGACCUCAUGACGGGGGCGGCGGCGGCGCUGGCUUUUGGAGGGUUCAUGCGCGCGGGCGAGCCCCUGAAGAUCAUGGUCCACCCGGACUUGCUGGUGUUCCAGCCGGGCGACGCAGGAGUGGACGCCUUCCUGUGGGCGUCAAAAACUGACCAGGCGAUGAAGGGGGAGUGGAUCACGGUGGCGGCGGCGCGGGGGGAGCCGCACUGCCCCGUGGGGCUCCUCAAGGACCUCCUGAAAGAAGGGCAGUACGUCACCGGCUUCGAGCAGGUGCCGCACCUUGAGGACUCGUGGAGCCGGCUCGAUUUUGGGCCGCUGGUGCGCGCGGUCCACCGCCGCGAAGGGCGGCUGGAGCUGCGCUACAAGGUGUGGGAAAUGUCGCCCGACAAGCCGUUCAUGCCAGGGGUGUCGGCCAGCACAUUCGCUGAGCGCUUCGCGGGGCUCGCAGAGCGGGCGGGCCUGCCGCUGGCGAAGCGCAUGCUGCAUUGCGGUCGCAUUGGCGCGGCGUCCGAGGCGGGGCGCCUGCGGGUGGCCGCCGACCUGUACCAGGAGAACGGCCGCUGGCGCUCCAGCAAGACCGCCCAGCUCUACACGCGGCGCGCGGCUGAGGCGCGCCGCGGCGUGUCGCACGCAAUUCUCACGGGCAAGCCCCCCACCGCGCCGCAGCGCGGUGAGACGGGCGGCGCGGCGUGCGCAGCGCGGGCGCCGGAGGCGCCGGCACAGCCGGGGCCCGCAGCGCCGGCGCCCGGGCAGGGCGGAGCCGGCGACGCAUCGGCGGCGCGCCGCGGG